AUGUCUGCUCCGCGCCGACGUUCGUCCAGGCUUCGGCCACCAAAGGCGCUGAACAAUGCUUCCGACCACCUCGAAUCCCUCGCGGAGCGUAACGAGACACCAGUCUCAGGCUCUCAAUCGAAUCUGGUUGCUGUUGCCUCUUCCCCCCUCCCACCUCGCACUCCAGCUACAGCUGGUCGAAUUAAGCCACCUCUGUCAGAGAUGCACCCCAGCAAGGCUCACCAAAGUACGACCCAGGAACCCGACUCUGGGCUGCGGCUGGGUUUCACCGAUAUAGACACAGGAAACAAAACCAACCAACCUUCAGGCCUUACCCAACAAACCCCUACAAAAGCCGGCAUAUCAUCCCCAGCUUUUGACUUUAGGUUUGCUCGUCCUGGCCCCCAACUUGGCCCCGAAGCUCAGCGGAUGAUGGAUGAACUACGUGAAGAGGCUCUUCGGAUCAAGGCUAAGCUGGCUGCUGCGCGAGAAGAAGAAAAGCGCAAGGAAGUCGGGUCUGAUGGAGGAACAAUCAGAGGACGAAAGUUCGCACAACCAAAGGGAAAAGCUGGCAGGUUCAGUGAUGCCCACAUGGCAGAAUUCAGAAAAAUGGACUCGAUCGCGGGACACCCUUCUUCUUUCCGAGCCCACCCAGGGCGCGGGCGCACCACCCCAGUUUCGAAUAGCCUCAAGAGAACGCAGUCGAAGGCACAAUUGGACAACUGGGAGCAAGUCCAUAAGAAGAACGAGCAGGUCACCGAGAAUGUGAGCCACAGCGAGCAACUGGAGAGCAUGGCACCUUUCAAACGGGCUCGGAAGCAUGUCUCAGAAGAUACUUCGACUGCUCGGCCAGUCUCUCGGAGUGACAGCAAGGCCGUAGUAUCUACUCCAACCGUCUUACGCUCUCAGUCAAGUAUAAUUACGACUGUAACAACACCGACACGAACUUCCUCAGUUCAGGUUGCAAGUACGAAGAAAACACAUCUUCCAACUAUUUCCAGAUCGCCAUCCAAGCCGAACUUGUCGAUUGCUGGCAUGCCUCGUGCCUUAACCAACUCCGCAACCACCAUCAACUACAGCAGCAUUGCGAGAUCCGAUACCCAGAGCUCGAUACGCAGUCCCGGCAAGUUUGAUCGUGUCAAGUCCAUUCUCCGACAUCCAAGCUUUGGUGCUAGAAAGCCAAUUACAAAGUCGUCAUCGAUUCCUUCCUUGACGAGAAGCCCUAGUCGGCCCAAUCUUGAAAAGCCACUUCCUUCAAUUCCUUCCACCCCCGGUGUUAAUGUUGGUAAGACCGCCAGGCAUCUGACUUUCACUCUGGAUACUGUGCACAAGGACUCUGCUCUGGUACCGCACUCUCCAUCACCAAUAAAAUCAGGCAUUCCCCGUUCAGCUUCAAAGGUCAACUUUGAUUCAAGACGCCAAAUUAAACCAACCAGUGGAGCCAAGUCAGAUGCGACGGAGAUUGAGUAUCCUUCGAUUGCCUGUUUGCCCAAGCUUGGAGAGUCCUCUAACACAGUCGAGUAUCCCUCUCUCGCCGGUGUUCGUCCACACCCCGAGCCACCACGCCAAGUUGAACCGCCAUCAGUUCCUGGCACAUUCACAUUCCGCAGCGACCAUACCAUUCGUUUUGAAUCAUCUCCAAAGGAUUUCGGAUCUUCUCCAGGCCAGGCCAGUCUUCGACAGGUCCGCCCCAGUGUCCUUCCCAAUGUCAUGCCUGGCUCACUCCCCAGUGGUGAUAAAGAGAAUGCCGCACCAAUUCCUUCUGUUCCUCAUGGCAUGGCCAACAAGAAGCGCCGUCGGGUCGAAUCGGACGAUGAAGCUGAAGACGAGAUCGACCGGUCCCCCAAGAAGACCAAGACUGUUGCGGAAGGUCACAUGCUCCUUGCACCCAAGCUCCAGACAACAGCUAAAACCAAGACUCCAAGCCCCGUUAAAAAAAAGGGUGUUUUGAGUCUUAGUCGUCUGAACAUGCUUGCUCGACCAAAAAUGCGCAAGUAA